AUGAUAAACAGAUAACAGUUUUACUUCAAAUAAUAAUUUUAUUUUUAUUCACUUUUAAGCUAAAAUGCUUGACAUUUAAUUUGAAAUGAUCAUUUUCAAACAGUUAAAGGUUCCUGUGUAGGUACAUAGAGUAAUUAAAAUAUAUUUAAAAUGGAGUUAUUAGUAGCUGGAUUUGACGACAUUAAAUUUAAUGUUGAAAUAGCUUUAGAUGAACAGCAUGGCGCUUUGCCAUUACCAUUUAACGGAAUGGACAAAUCAAUCGCAGCUGUUUGUUCAUUUUACCCUAAAGGUGCAUGUGCAAAAGGUGCAUUGUGUCCAAUGAGACAUGUACGUGGAGAUCGAACUGUUGUUUGUAAACAUUGGUUACGAGGUUUAUGUAAAAAAGGUGAUCAAUGUGAAUUUUUACAUGAAUAUGAUAUGACAAAAAUGCCAGAAUGUUAUUUUUAUGCUCGAUUCAAUGCAUGUCAUAAUAAAGAAUGCCCAUUUUUACAUAUUGAUCCAGAAAGUAAACUAAAAGACUGUCCCUGGUAUGAUCGUGGAUUUUGUCGUCAUGGUCCACAUUGUAAACAUAAACAUGUACGUCGUGUUUUAUGUAUGAACUAUGUUGCAGGUUUUUGUCCUGAUGGUCUUAAUUGUAAAUUUGUUCAUCCAAGAUUUGAGUUGCCUGCCUAUCAACAACAUGAUGCAAAUCAAAAAGAUGCUAAAAAACUUGUUGUAAUUUGUCAUUUUUGUGGUGAUACUGGUCAUAAAGCCAUGUAUUGCCAUAAAAUGGUAUCAGACUUAGUAAAAAUUAAACCAGAGUUGGAAAAUAAUGAUCAACCACAGGUCAAUAAUCAACCAGGAUUUCAAAGAAAAUUAAAACCCUUAGAAGAAGUUACUUGCUAUAAAUGUGGGUUCAAAGGUCAUUAUGCUAAUAAAUGUCCUAAAGGUCAUUUAGCCUUUUUGUCAUUACAACAAAACCAAGCCAUUCAAAAUAAUAACCAAGGUGUAUGACUGACAUUUAUUUAAUUGUAACUUAAAAUUUAAUAAAUGUGUUCUUCAUCAUUUUCA